AUGGGUAGGGAUCGGACUACCAUGUUUAGUUUUCGCGGUUCAUGCUAUAUUCUUCUUGUUAUCUCUGCUUUCUCAUCCAUCUCAUUCCUCUACUGGUCUAAUUGCUCCAUCCCCUGUUAUUCCGGUGUUCAAUUGACAGUGCAAAAGCAAAACCAGCCCUUCGAUCUCCUUUCAUUUCCUUCUGCAUGGAACCAUCUUUCCUUUCCCUCAAGACCACCUCCAAAACUCCUUAAAAUCGCGGUUUUCGUCAAGAAAUGGCCGAAUAGAUAUCAAGCAGGGGGGCUUGAAAGGCAUGCCUUGACACUCCACCUUGCCCUUGCUAAACAAGGACAUGAGCUCCACAUCUUCACCACUUCUUCCUUAAAUUCAUCUUUCCCUAAAUACCCAAUGAGCAAUAUCUAUUUUCAUCUCUCCAAACCAACAGCUGCUGGUUAUUUAGACCAAUCUUUGGUCUGGAAGCAAUUUCAAUCCCAAAACUCAACCGGAAAACCAUUUGAUGUGGUCCAUAGCGAAAGUGUAGGGCUUAUGCAUACUAGAUCAAGAAAUGUGUCUAAUCUUGCUGUUAGUUGGCAUGGAAUCGCGUAUGAAACCAUACACACUGACAUCAUUCAAGAACUUCUGCGAGCACCUGAAGAAGCUCGGGCAUAUGCACUGACUGAAAGAGUUUUGAAGGUUGUGGAGGAGUUGAAGUUUUUCCCAAAUUAUGCUCACCAUGUUGCUACCAGUGAUCAUGCUGGCGAUGUCCUGAAAAGGAUCUAUAUGAUCCCGGAAGAACGAGUUCAUGUCAUCCUCAAUGGUGUAGAUGAGGAGAUUUUCAAGCCGGAUGCUGCCAAGGGCAAGGACUUUAAGCUGAAGUUUGGCAUUCCAGAAUAUAGGUCCUUGGUUUUGGGGAUGGCUGGGAGGUUGGUUAAGGACAAAGGACACCCAUUGAUGUUUGAAUCUCUGAAGCAGAUUUUCCAGGAAAAUUCUACAUUUCGGGAAAAUGUAGUAGUUCUGGUUGCUGGAGAUGGUCCAUGGGGUGCUAGAUACAAAGAUCUUGGAGCUAACGUAUUGGUUUUGGGGCCAUUAGGCCAGGCUCAACUGUCUAGAUUUUAUAAUGCUAUAGAUAUAUUUGUAAAUCCAACUGUUCGAGCUCAGGGAUUAGACCACACUUUGCUAGAAGCAAUACUUUCCGGCAAGCCAGUAAUGGCUACGAGGCUUGCCAGCAUUACAGGCUCUGUAAUCGUUGGCACGCAAAUGGGGUACACGUUUUCGCCUACAGUAGCUUCACUGAAGAAAGCACUUCAUGGGAUAUGGGAAGAUGGAAGAGAGAAUGUAGAGAAGAAAGGUAAGGCAGCUAGGGAAAGAGGAAUGGAGUUGUUCACCGCCACCAAAAUGGCAGCUGCCUAUGAAAGACUAUUCCUUUGUAUCGCAUCAAAUAACGGGGAAGACAGCAAUGACUACUGUCAAUACAAACCGUCAUACGGUUAAAAUUGCAAGAUCAUCAUGAGGUGCAAAUCCCGCACUUCAUCGACUCGGAUUGAAUAGAUUCAGUUCAAAGCACUUCUUGGACUUUGCCAUUUUAGUAUUAUACAUUCAUCUAAAUGGCGGUUCAGUGUACAUGAAUCUGCCUUUUAUUCAUUCAUCUAAAUGGAAAAAUUGACGGUUCAGUGUACAUGAAUCUGCCUUUUGGGGGCCAAGUAUAGUUGUGACAUGUGAGAGAGAAGCUUGAUUGGUGGCAAUCGGCCAAUAGA